CGAGGAGGAACUCAGUUACGCGCCACGGGGUUGAGAAGUCGGACGCGUUUUGUCCACGAGUGACGAACAUUUCUUUAAUAAUUCACAGACUUUCGGACAUUAAAGUGACAGACGAUCAACGUCGAUCCCCGAUCGAUCUGCAACUGUACCGUAAACUGGCGCGCGGUCGUUGCUGAUUGACGUUGAUUGGUUCGGACUCGCGACACGCUGAUUGGUUAUCGAAAAAAGUCGAGUCAAUUUCCUCGACAAGGGAAUUAGCGAAUAUCGCGAUGUUUAUCGAUCCUUUAUUUCGAAUUUAUUUGAACGUUAGUAAAAAAAACAUAAUUUUUGUAAAUCGAGGUUUAAAAAGUCUGUAACGAGUAAAGUCUGAGUAGAGCCAUCGCGAAUGUUGGAAUCAUGUUUCGAAGUUGUGUUAUACUAAGCCUCUAUAAAUAAAGAUGGACGUAAAAGCUUAGAAUAGAGUAUCAUGAGUGUCUGAUGAUGUUAAAACACUAUUAUUUACGACGACUUUAAUGCCCAUUUGCUUCGUAUUGCAAGCUCGUAUCUAACGUUUUAAUCUUCGAUCUUUUUCUCAUUUAAAAGUUUGUUUAGAGGCGAAACAGGCUGGCGGAAAUAAAAUUUCAUUUAAUGUAGGACAAUGGAAACCGAACUUUCGGUCGUUGGGAAUGGUUAACGGAGAAAAGUUUGCGAUCGAAACUUCAACAGCUUGCGACAUCGCGAGCUGCUUCGCUAAUCUUCCUGUCAGCUGCUUCGUAUUCUGUCGCGAGACGACCACAACUUUGAAAUUGCGUUGCGACGUAACCGCGAUCGAGACGAUCGACGUUGAUCCUCCCUUCGUUAGCGUUCGAGUACGGAACUUUGCCGGUUCGCGACGCGUCCCUCGUGAAAUUAAAACUUUAAUCUGUUUCUUUCGCCGGAGUUGGUGCAACUUUUUUGUUAUCGCGCGAUUGUGUGACGAGCCGCGUAAUAAUAUUCCGCGGACGAGCUCCGAACAGACACGAAAAAACUGAAGAUUGCUUUCUACGAUUUAUCGCGAAAACUCAUGAAUUUCAAUGCGCAGCGAAUUAAAUCAUGGCGAAUCGAAAAGAUCACAGAGCUCACCAUAACAGCAAUCUCACCUCCAGCGACAGUGUAUCAUCCUUGAGGGGAUCUUCCGCUCUGAAACAACAAAACAAAUAAAGACAUUGCAAAUUAUCUUUACACUUCGCAAUAUUAAUUGUUUCAGAGUUCGACGGAAAUCGGAUCUGAAAAAAAAAGGUGAAAAGGAAUUUAACUCCGUACGGAUAAAGUAACGCAAAGUUUCGAAGAAGUUUCUACGUGCAGGCGACGAAACUCGUCGAUUAAAUUACUCUAACUAUCGUAUCCAUUAUUUCCGCGUGAUUUCCGCCGCGAGUGAAAAUAAGAAGAUCCGUGGACUUUAAAAGAAUGGGGAUAAUUGAAUAUUCGAUAAGCAGAGCGAUUUGAGUUCUUCGAUCUCGAAGCGGGGAAGAAUAACGCCUCUGAAACUUAUGGUAGAAGAAAAUGAAUAAGAAGUUGAGGACCGCGCCGUGACCCUAAUACCUUUCAAACGUGGCCUGCGGCACGCGUGUCGGUUACGUGGAAGCACCCUCCGAUGAACAUGCGCUGGAAGGUCGAGGAAGCUCGUAAUAAGGCUCGCAACUGCGCGGCCAAAACGCGGCCGGACUCGAAACGCCGACAGAAUGAACGCCGCGACUCGUGUCUCAUUUUCAGUCACAACGUUUCGCGAUGGACGAUCCGUUUCUCCGCCGUAGAACGGAGUCCACGAGAGGUCCCUUAGUAGCUGAAGACUGUUUGGCCGGUGUCUGUCAGAGGGUUAACAAAAUUUGUCCUUGAUGUUGUUUUUGAGAGAAAAAAAAUCGUGGGACGUAGAUUAAUGGUACGAACGAUAGUUGGCACGAGUUCCAUUCCUUUGGGCGACGAUAGAGACUUUGAGAGAUCGUUGACCGCGGGCUGAGAAUUUAUGUGGGCCGCAGGUGUUGCCAGACGUCGACCCUGUCCAUGAAAUACAAUGUACAAACGUCAUGAGAGUAUAGAAACUUUGAGUUGCCUGGAGUUGCACGCAACAUCUUACUUUUGAAGAUACUUGGAACGAUUUGACGCGUACCUGAAGUGGUAUCUAACGUUGCCAUAGCGGUGGAUCAAUGCGUAGCGUCGAACGGCGUCGGGACAAGCCCUGUCGCGCUGAAACUGGAACAAAUAUCGGUGAUGAACUCGCCACCGGAUCGUACAUGCAAAUAACCGACUCAUCCUUCUUCCGGUCCUGUCCCGUAACACCAUCGCCGACGUUAAAUCGAAAUCGAUCGUCCUUCGAGCGUGACAUGAUCAUUAGACGUCGCACAGAGGUCGCCAUCCCAGGUUUUAAGGAUAGGACAGGGACAGACGCGAUGAGUCAAACGACCGUUUCCUCCUGUCGCGUUGACACGCGAUUCGGUUCUUCGUCGUCUGGAGAGGAAGUCUGUCGAGGCUCUAUUUAAAGACGCGGCGUCGAGCUCGCGUGACGAUCCAUCUGGACGUUUCGUAUUUAAAAAAACGACGAGGAAAGCGCUGGUCACGCGAUCAACGGUGUUUUCCGAUCAGCCGGCACCGAGAUUAAUGAACGUCGAUUACCAAAGACUGAUCGUGCGUGCCUGACAAUGGCGAUCGCCGUGUUGCAAGCUUCUGACGCGUCUCUGUCGAAUGGUGCACAGAGACACCGACGCGAACCCGUUGAUAGACCGAUCGGUCCCAAGGAAUCUCGAUGCUAUCGAAAUUAACGAGGCGGUUGGAAAGCGUUCAGGGUAUCAGAGCGUCCAUGGCGAUGGAAUUUCUGUCAAAUGCCACCGAGCUGGCCGAUAACUUAACCGUAACAGCGGUGAACGCGUCGACGCGAUCGGAACUUAAUCUACCGUACACGGUGUGCGAGAUCCUGGUGGCGGUGUGCGCUGUGUUUGGCAACGGUUUGGUGAUCACCGUCUUCAGCAAAGAGAAGAAGCUACGUCGACGCACCAACUAUUAUAUCAUAUCGUUGGCCACGGCCGAUCUGCUGGUAGGCCUGUUCGCCAUACCGUUCGCGAUCCUGGCCAGCAUCGGUCUCCCGACGAACCUGCACGCCUGCCUCUUCACCGUCUCCGUCCUGAUCGUCCUCUGCACGAUCAGCAUCUUCUGCCUGGUGGCGGUGUCCGUGGAUCGUUACUGGGCGAUACUACAUCCCCUGGGAUACUCGCGCACCGUACGCACUAAGACUGCCAUAGGUAUAAUUUGCGUGUGCUGGAUCGCCGGAACCCUCGUCGGUUUCCUGCCACUUUUGGGGUGGCACGCGGGCAAGAAGUCCAACGAGAAAUGCAUCUUCACCGAGGUGAUGGAUUACGAUUACUUGGUGUUCCUGUACUUCGCCACAAUUAUCUUCCCCGCGCUAUUAAUUGCAGCCUUCUACGCCCAUAUAUACCGAGUGGUCGUAAAACAGCAAAUCGUGACGAUGUAUCCUGGACGUCUUUCUGGGAAUCAAACGACGGGGACGAUGCUGCGUUUACUCGGGGCGGCCAGAAAACGCGAAGUGAAGGCCACGCAAAAUCUUUCGCGCAUCGUGAUCUUCUUCAUCAUCUGUUGGUUUCCCCUGUACACCAUUAAUUGCGUGAUGGCGUUCUGCCCGCGAUGCAAAGUGAACGAGUUCCUCAUGAACUUCUGCAUCAUCCUCUCGCAUCUGAACUCGGUUGGCAAUCCGUUGCUCUACGCUUAUCAUCUGAAGGACUUUCGCGCUGCCCUGAAGAGCUUCAUGUGGAGGCUCCUUUUUCCGCACAGUGACGUAAAAUCGAGUGCGGUCAGUGUAAUACACGAUCGAGGCUCGCUGGUCGGGUCUCAGAGACAAUUUCAGAGACAAUUGGCUGGUCUUGCUUCGGCACAGGACCAACGAUCGAGUUUAUUGCGUCAGGUAACGGACGUCAGAAUGAAAAGAUGUUCCUUCGCGCCCCGUAACGUUUCGAUUCGUGAAAAAGAAAUGGAUAACAUUCACGAAUCGAACUCAUCGCAUAGCGACAAGCAGGACGUCGAUGGUCUUCCCAAUGAGAACGCGAGCCAAAACAGCAACGAAAAUCGUGACUACGAAAGCGAUAACUGCUCGAACAACAGAAUCGAUUCGUGUCUGUCGAGAGCACCCUCUCGCGUGUCCUUGAUGGAACUUCAGACUUAUAAGCCAUUGGCGCCACUUCUUCCCGCCGAAAUUGAUCACGUCGAAGAGACGCCACCGGCGUCGAUAUUCGUGAUCGAGGUGGACGUAAAUCAUGUCGAUUCUGUUCGGGAAAAAGUGAACGAGGAAUCGGUAGAAAGCAAGGACAAGGGUUGAUGACUUUUUUAGAUUCUAACGAACCUGAAUUCGAUCACACUUCGAUCUGAUUUAACAGAACAGUCGAUCGAUGUUGCUUUCAUAGCCGAUGAUAAAUUAUGCAUGAACGAAACAGACGCUAAUAAAUUUUCAAAAAAGCGGAUGUAUUAUUGAUGUUAGUAUCGUAAUUCGAUGUAUAAUUCGAAUCCUACUGUUAAUACUCACACAUUGCGAGCGAAUGAAUUAUUGUAUGUAAUUUUAUUACACCUCGUAGCGUCUUGUUUUAGAAGUACCGAUGUGUAGAAUUCUUAACCACGCGACGAUGAAUAAAUUUAGUUUCAGUAAUUACUGUACUAACAAAUUGGACGACUUGGUCCUAUUAUUGAGACUGCAAAUACCUGACUGAACAUACGUAGUUUGAGAUUACAUAUUACUCUUUGUUGCUAAUGUUCAGAGUUACAUAUCACAUGUACAACGUUAAAUAAAAAUGUUACAUUAAUCCUGUUAGAGUUAUCAGAAAAGUUAAUGUUCUUUUUUACCAACAAUGAAUAAUAUGAUUUCGGAGUUACACAUAUCGCACGUAGACUACAAAUGUGUAUUACGAUUAAUUUCUAUUAUUAAAAACUGAUUCUUAACGUCGUAUUCAUUAAUGGACGAAACGAUUCUCGAAUUAAGUUACAGACCCUUUUGCUAAUUGUCUAUUUUAAAAAUUGAUGUAAA